AUGCGUGCUCUUCGCUCUUCAUGCCCCGCCUUUCUUUGCUGGCAGGCUUUGCCGAGCACCACACCACUCCUCCGCGAAAUCAGCCGUCACGACCCGCCGUCCACGAGGAAUGAGCAGGGCAGCCCAGAUUCUAGCAAUACGGAGCAGAUUCAGAAAGCAUCACAUCUCGAUAGCCACAGGACCGCAAAUGCAGACCAUUCUCAAGCGCUUCCUCCUGCAGAGGCGGUGCCGCCGUUGACAGCCGAUACACUGCGCGUUCCGCAAGUUCGCGCCGAGUGCCCACCCGACUCCGCGCUGCUGUCGCCAGGAAACGGUCUUACUCCCACGCUUGCCGAGUGCGUAUCCAACGCCGCGCCACAGCCGAGCGAGAAAACAGCGCCGAAACGUGAUGCUUCCGCGUCCCUGCGCCGUAAGCGGGAGCGCGAAGGUGCGUGUGACUCGAGCUUCUGGCCGCUAAAAACUCGGCGCGCUCUUGACGCGUCCGCCCAUACUGCAGCGCGACAGCCUAGCGAGGCGGCGCCGGUGUUGGCAGCGGACGCUCUCCCUCCGACGCCUGCCGAGUGCGCACCCGACGCCGCGCCACAGCCGUCCGAGUCGGAAAUGGUGGUGUAUGAUCCACAUGGGGCGUGGUCAUCACUUCUCGUAGAUGAUGGCCUUUACAUCAACCCUGUGGGCGACCAGCUUCUUAGUUCCGCCUUGCUAAGCGCCGUGCGCAAGUCACAAGAAGGCUCUAGGCUGCUACAGCACGACGAAGAGGUGUGGGCAGGGCCUGACUGGCGUACGGUGAUGUUGCGGCACAAACCUUUGACAAAGUGA